CCUUGACCAGGAGGACUGUCCCAGCUGAGCCCAGGAUUCACCUGCAGACCUGUUUGAAGGAUUUCUCUACAGACUGCCACAGCUCUAAAUUCCCGGUGGUACCUGUCUGACCUCCAGACGUUGUAAGAUGCCGCUGUCGCGUUCCCUGUCCAUGACGUCCCUGAGUGGGGUGCUGCCGGCCUGGGAGGAAGACGAGCUGCCUGUGGAGGACCUGCUGCUUUUCGAGGUGGCCUGGGAGGUCACCAACAAAGUUGGAGGAAUCUACACAGUGAUCCAGACCAAAGCCAAGAUCACGGUGGAUGAAUGGGGGGAGAACUACUACAUGAUGGGGCCCUACUUCGAAAAGAACUUUAAGACCCAGGUGGAGGGCUGCGAGCCACCAAACCCCGCCAUCAGGAAGGCCAUGGACGCUCUAAUCCACAACGGCUGCCAGGUUCAUUUUGGCCGCUGGCUGAUCGAAGGCAGUCCAUUUGUGAUCCUGUUUGACAUCGGCUCUGCAGCCUGGAACCUAGACCGCUGGAAGGGGGACCUGUGGGAGACCUGCAAGAUAGGCCUACCUUACCACGACCGAGAGGCCAACGACUCGCUCAUCCUGGGCUCCCUGAUCGCCUGGUUCUUCAAAGAGUUAACAGACGAGCUGGGAGAUAAGCCUAAUGUCAUUGCUCAUUUCCAUGAGUGGCAGGCGGGUCCAGGCGUUAUUCUGUCUCGCUCCCACAAGAUCCCCAUGGCAACGGUUUUCACUACACACGCCACCCUGCUCGGACGAUAUCUCUGCGCUGGAAAUGCUGACUUUUACAACAACCUGGAAAAGUUCGACAUUGACAAGGAGGCGGGAGAGAGGCAGAUCUACCAUCGUUACUGCCUGGAGAGAGCAGCGGUACACUGCGCUCACGUCUUCACCACAGUUUCCCAGAUCACCGCCGUGGAAGCCAGCCACAUGCUGCACAGGACGCCAGAUGUGGUAACACCGAACGGGCUGAAUGUGAAGAAGUUCUCAGCCAUGCAUGAGUUUCAGAACCUGCACUCCACCAGCAAGGCCCGCAUCCAGGAGUUUGUCAGAGGACACUUCUAUGGUCAUCUGGAUUUCAACCUGGAGAAAACCCUCUUCUUCUUCAUCGCCGGACGCUAUGAGUUUUCCAAUAAGGGAGCUGAUAUUUUCCUUGAAUCACUGUCCAGACUCAACUACCUACUGCAGGUCCACAGAAAUGAUAUGACAGUGGUAGUGUUCUUCAUCAUGCCAGCUAAAACCAACAACUUCAACGUGGAGUCACUGAAGGGACAGGCAGUACGCAAGCAGCUCUGGGAUACAGCUCACACUGUGAAGGAGAAGUUUGGUAAUAGGCUGUAUGAUGCGCUGUUAAAAGGGACGAUCCCUGACAUGGACUCCAUUCUGGAUCGAGACGACUUCACCAUUAUGAAGAGAGCCAUCUUUGCCACUCAGAGACACAGCCUCCCUCCAGUGACCACUCACAACAUGCUGGACGACUCAACAGAUCCCAUCCUUUCCAACAUCAGACGCAUCGGCCUCUUUAACUCCAGGAAGGACCGCGUCAAGAUCAUCUUCCACCCUGAGUUCCUGUCCUCCACCAGUCCUCUGCUGCCAAUGGACUAUGAGGACUUUGUUCGUGGCUGUAACCUUGGAGUGUUCCCCUCCUACUAUGAGCCAUGGGGAUACACACCUGGUAACCAAGCACGCAUUCAUCUACACACACUGAUGCUUCAUCUUCCUGAAGUAUAGUGGCACACACAUCUCUACAGCAGUCACUACUAGGCGGACCCGGACGUAUAACUGAUGGAUAAUUGAGAAUUAUACAUUUUGGUGGAGCGCUUCUAUUUUAACCUGCACAGCUUUUCUAGCCUUUACGGUACUCGGUCAGCAGUUACAUAGGUUGUAUGUAAAAGUUCACUCCAGCCACACUUUCAUUUCCGUUCAUUUUCCUAAAAUCAAGCACUUUCUUUGAAGAUGCAAGUUUUUCAAAAAAAAUCUUUUGUGUAUUUUAUUUUUA